CAAGUCUGUAGUCCUCUGGCUGCGAGCUGUCUGCGGGUUCUUUUGGCUCGCUAUGCGCGGUGCCUGCGAGCAGACGUUUUGCGUGGCCGAGUCACGCACACUCCGAGAGGGCCUGGAACUGCGCCCGCCGCAUUUGGAGGGCUAUUUCUUCGUUGCGUCGGAAGUGGCAAGCGACUCCGGCGAGGAUGAUCGCUUGUCCCGCGAGCUCGAUUCCGAGUGCCACCGCCAUGGGAUCAUUCUGUGGCGCUCCUUGGUGGCGUCGGUGCUGCUCCUAGGGCUGGCCGGCUUGAUCUUCAUCAGGCCGAGCCUGCCAAAGUUCCGUGGGGAGGCGAGCAAGUUAUGGGCGCCCGCGGGCUGGCACAAAGACCCCCAGGGCAACGAUGUCAAGGACACCUGGGACCACUUCCAGAUGCCGGACUGCGACAGCGGGCCUGCCAAGGGCGCAAAGAAACAGGUACCUUGGGACUGGCACGCCAAGGACAACGUGCUCCAUCCCAAGCGGAAGCUGGCGGAGCUUCGAGGCAUAGGGAGAGCGAAGAAGAUGACCUGGGUUCACGUGGGGAGGACAAAAGCCCAGAAGGAAUGUGCCCUGCAUAAGCGCAUCGCUGCCAACAUCCAUACGGCGAUGGUCAACAAUCACAGCGCCUUCGUGCGGCGAAAAGGAGACUUCGAGGCAGUGCAUCAGUGGCAGGGCAUGCACCGAUGCAGCCAGCUGAUAGUGAACCACGACUUAGCGUCUAACUUCAGCUGGUGGGACCCUGCGGGCACAGCUUCCGCGGCGCACUGCCAGCGCGCCUGCACCUGGAACCCCCGGUGCCAGGGCUUCUCCUGGAAUCAGACGGCCUGCCUCCUGAAGACUUUCGAGAAGAAUUUCAGCACCAGCUGGCGUUUCAAGGAUGGAGUUUAUUCUGGCCAGCCCUGCGAGUGGGAGGAGAGGCCUUACCCCUGGACCCGUGACCCACUCCAGAUGUACACCUUGCCCGCGCCGAAGGCACUGCAGCCUGCGCCGAAUGCCUCCAUGUUCUGCACCAUGCUGGUGCAGCCCUUCUCCUACGAGGUCAACCUGGCCAUCAUGCAGUACCAGGGCAAGUACAGCAUCUUCGCCUGUGACAACUGGGCAGUCUACAGCAGUCAGCGGCUGCGCCUGGCCAAAGGCCUAGCGACGCGGCUCAUCAACAGCUCUCAGGUGUGCGAGGACGCGGGGCAGUUUGGCACCGCCCUCAACACUGAGGUUUUCCUGGCGUUCUGGCGCGCCAUUCUCUUGGACGGGGACUAUCUGAAGGCCAACUGGCUGGUGAAGGCCGACCCGGACACCGUGUGGUUCCCGAAGCGCCUGGUCCCCGUGCUGUGGCUGCAAGAGGACAGAGGCCUGCUCAAGGAAGGGGUCUACCUCAACAACUGUCCCAAAGGUCUCCGUGGUCCUCUGGAGGUCCUUUCCCAGAAGGCCUUCAGCACGCUGGCCACGCUUUCUACGGUGUGCUACUGGGGCAUGAAGAACUGGGGCGAUUCCCAGUGGGGCGAGGACAUGUGGCUGGACCAGUGCCUCAUGAACAACGGUCAUUUGCAUCGGGUUUUUGUCGUGAACCUGCUGGUAGAUGCCGCAUGUACCAAGUACCCAGGCUGGGAGUCCUGUCCAUCCGACUUCAUCGGAUACCAUCCUUUCAAGCAGGACGAGAAGUACGAGGCUUGCGCAGCGACGGGGCAGACCACAUCAACUACCGCCACCUCAACCAGAACAGCUACCCGCACACAUACCGCGACGACGCGGACAACGACCAGCACGACUCAAACCUUUGGCAAGAACCCCUUCGUGCAGAUGGAGCAUGCGCUGGGCGGCAUUUUCCACCGCUGAGGCUGCAAAAGGAAUGGCCCUGUCAAGGGUCUGGCUGAAACAGGCCGACUAAACGUUUCGAUUUUAUGAGUUGUGGCGCGCGCCACGCAAAUUGCACCAAAGUCAGGGAGGCAGAGGCCGUCUAACCCGUUUCGAGCGAGCCGGAGGCAUCCGUUAGUCUUCGGGAAGGUCUCGACUCGACAGAUGAGACCUGGUCAAGUAAAGGCUUGAUGUGCCGAGACCGCGAAGAUUUACUCCCAGCCUCUCGCCUCUCUGCAGAUCAAUGGCGCGGAUGUUAGAUGUUAGUUGUUAGCCAGGACACGCGACCAGAAAGGGACGGAGCGGCUAUCGCUCUCCGCACCUAUUCUUGGGGGACCUGGCAAAGACCUUCGCACCAGACUGCAUCGGGCCAAGCCCGAAGCGAGUCUGGACAAAUUGUGUGCAUUCCACCUGUUUCCGGAUAGAUUAGUUGAAAGCGAAGCCACCAAGGCAAACGAGCGGUUUGCUCACCAAAAGUGCGACUCGCUUCAGGAUGGCAGUGGGUGAUUUGGGGCCUAGUCGAUGUUUGGCCGCACUUGGCCCUUCCAAUGAAGAUAUUUCUGGGCCCACAAGCACCGCCUGGAUCGCUGUUUCGGCCCAAGAAUUCCGGGAGUUCUGCAGACCCCGGGCAAAUGACACACACA